AUGGCUGAACAAGGUUAUCCAUCAGUUAUGGCCGUAUGUUGGCGAAUAUGCAAGAGUAUUUAUGACGACUUUGUCCAUUCCCAAAGUCAAGGCGCAAAUGCCGAGUGUGUUCAAGAAUUUCAAAUUCACAAAAUGGAUAUGGGUUGCAUAUACCGUGUGGAUCGAGGAACAAGGUCUACACGACAAACGUCGGUCGAGAUAGGAUCAUCGUCGAUAUGGAUGUUGCGUAUGCAGGUGAUGCCGACUUCACUGUAUCGUGUUGUGGAUGUUAUGCUGAAAAUUGAUUUCAACCUGACCGGAAUGGGUGAAAUGGUUGAAUUACCUGGGCUGAUGAAUGCUAUUCGAAGUGUUAUGAAUAGUCAGGUAGCCGCGCUUUGUGUUCUGCCCAAUGAAAUCGUCGUGCCAUUGGCUCCAAAUGUUGAUGUCACGAAACUAUUCUUCCCUGAGCCGGACGGUGUGAUUCGUUUGAAAAUUAUCGAAGCGAAAAACCUCGAGAAUAGAGACAUUUCCUUUAUCCGUAAAGGAAAGAGUGAUCCGUACUGCGAAAUCCAGGUUGGAUCACAGUUUUUGAAGACUCGUACCAUUGACAACGAUUUGAAUCCGGUAUGGAAUGAGUACUUCGAGGCAGUUGUUGAUCAGGCUCACGGACAGAAACUGAGGAUAGAACUAUUCGAUGAGGAUCAGGGUCAAGAUGAGGAGCUCGGACGUUUGAGCAUCGACCUGAAGGAUAUUCAGGCUAAAGGGAAGCGUGGAAAUGUGGUGAAUGUCGGGGUUUUCGGAGCACUUUCAAGCUCAAGCUCGCCUCAUUCGGCAAAUGUUUCGACAACGACAUUGGUUUCGCGGCACAUGCUUUAUGUUGACGCGUUCGGUAAUAGAUUGACGUGGUUCCCUCUGGAAGGAUGUAAGCAUGGCGAUCUGCAUCUGAAGGCGUCGUGGAUGAAUUUGUCGAAAGAUCGUAGUCAUCUGGAGAAGCAACAGUGGGAAGCUGAAUGGCUCCAAGCUGACAAACCGAUCCAUCCGGCACUUUUGAUGGUCUUCGUCGAUUCGGUUACCCAAAGGCAAAACUUGAACCGUCACCAUUUCGUUGAAGUGACACUCGGGGCGAACGCACAGCGUACUCCAGUUAAGGUGAAAACUGUCAACCCGCUCUAUCAGUCGAAAGUUCCUGUUCUUUGUCAGGCAUCCCGAGGGCCAGGAGCUCAAAUUUGA